AUGCCUCAGCUCUGGCCGUCUCAAAGAAAUGGGUGUUCGGUAUUGACUUUGAAGGCCAGUGGGGAGGAGGUGACACCGGAGACCUUGAAGCAGUGGCUGGACCGACCCGUGCGGUAUGUUUGGGGCUUCCCCGGCCAGCCGGCAGUUGCAGCUAUCGAGGUCUACCCACCUGUCAGCGCCCAACUCCAACUCUCCUUCGUGGGCGUGCACAACCUUGUCGUCAGCUGCAUUGCCAAUGUGCGCAAGGGUGGCGAGGACGGCCGGGGCUAUCCCGAUCCGCCAAAUGGUCUGCACUUGGCGCAGCUCUGCUACGUCAAAACCCCUGACGCGCUGUCGCUGGAUGGCCACGUCACGUCGGACAUCUCGCUCACAGGCUUUGGCUGGGUAGCGGUCUCCUUUUCCGCGAUGAACAGCCAGGCGCUGGUUUGGCAGCUGGCCGGCCAAUGCAGCGAUCAAAAGUCACCAUCCGUGGCUAGUUUGACGUGGAGCAAGCAGAUGGGGAGCGAAGUGCCGGAGGAAUUCGGGGUUGUUAUGGGCAGAGGCGUCUUUGGUCCAAAGCGCUUGAAGGUGGUUCAGAACGAGCUGCUUGGGCUGGAAAAGUGUGACAGGUUCCCGAUGCCCGUCGCGGGUCUUCCGGGCAUCGUCCCUGCCCCUCCAGAGGUCGGCCUAGAGGAUGAGGCAGGUGCGAUGUCGAUCGGACGGGCGCACUCAUCAGUCUCAAGUCACGACUUCGACUUCUGCAAGCGGCGCAAGGAAACUGCUCCGACACACAUGCGGAUCUUGAUUGGCAAGGAGUGA